AUGGUUGAUUUUUUGUAAACAAAACAGAUUUAAAGCAUGUCGCGGCAAUUGAGCUUUAGUGCACGUCAAGAAUAUGAAGUUAUUAGAUAUCCUGGCCGUGUGGUGAAUAUAGACAGAAUGCUGUCAACCCUUGGCGGCAUAGUGAACGUAUCGAAGGUGUUGGAUGACGAAAAGAAACGCUUAGAGUUGCGUUUUCAUCCAGAUAAUCCGUACAACAAGCCCGCAUUUGGCGACUGCAUCGAUAAGUGCGGUGUGCUCUUGUCUAUAACUGUGCGGCGCCACAAACACGACAGGACACGUCCGCCGCAGCAUUUUGUGCGUGUUGUAGGCCAUUGCAGCCGCAGUUUCUCCUUUGAUUCUCUCUGUGACUUUCAGUAUCUGCCACUUUGGAGUACGCCAAAUACCGAUGAUGCCCUGGCUGCUGAGGAGCUAACCUGCGCAAUGGAUGAGCUUAAACCGCGGAAUGUUACAGAUCUGGACUACUUCAAACGUGCACAAUCUCAGUUGCUGUGUCUGCCGGAGUUGUUUGCGCGCGUUGACAUUGUGCACGGCGGUAAUUAUCGGAUCGAUGUAGCGGAGAAUGGACAGCACGAGGUGUUGGGCGUGUGCGCCAAGACCACGCUGGAUACCCGCGAUAUUGUGCCAUUCAAUAUGCAGGACACGUUCCCAACCCAGCCGGAUGCACAAAUCCUCAAGCGUCUCAAGGUCAAAUAUAUUUCCGAUGAGCAAUUUAUGCGCGUGAAAAAACUAUUUGCAGAUAAUCCCAUUUGGACACGAAUAGCGAUUCUUUAUGAAUCGGGCGUUAGCAAUGAUAAGCUGAAGUGCAUCAUACCCUCGUUGGCUUUCUAUUUUAGAGAUGGACCCUGGCGCACACUCUACGUUCGCUAUGGCUAUGAUCCUCGCAAGGAUUUCCAAAGUCGUCACUAUCAAACAUUUGACUUUCGUUUGCGUUUUGGCUCCGGCGUCUCCGAAUUUGUUUAUUCCCGCAAAUCGGCCAAACUAAAGCAGGCCUUGACAGCCGCUGGUGAAGAAUCCAAGUCGGACUUGGUGCAAAACAUUGAUUAUCCCUAUUUUGAGGAGCACAAAUUGCCGCGAUCCCGACAAUGCAUGCUACGCUACUGCGAUGUCCGUCUGCCGAAGAUACAGGAAAUGCUGGAGAAGAUUCCCACGCCACUUACCGGCGCUGUUUGCAAUGAACGAACCGGUUGGCUGCCACCCAGUUUUGAUUCUCAAGUGCGACAAAUUGUAUGUGCCACAAUUAGUGAAUUGCUGCGUAAUCAUUAUCGCAAGGAACAUGUCACAGCGGAAGUGGAGGCAGUGCCUCAGAUAGAUGUCGAUGUGGAUGUGGAUGCUGAUGCCGAGGGAGAUGAGGAAUACUAUGCCGAGGAUGAGGAGACACAGGAAGAGGACAUGGAGAUGGAUGAAAAUGCGGUCAAUGAAUCUAUUACUGAUACAAAUCUUGAACAGUUGAUUAAUAAUAUAACAAGUUAAUACGGGAAAAAAUAAAAUAUAUAAGUAAAAGCUGUGAUUGACAACUAGAGCUGAAAGAA